AUAAGUCUAGUACAUCAUUGUCGAUCUUUCUUUUCAAGUCACCUGAUAUUUUUUUAGUGGCGCCAUAUCUUUCUAUACCUUGUUGUCUUACGUGACGUGGGGGUGAAACUGUUGGAUUCGCUGCUGUUGAAGUUGAGGCGAUUGGGUUUGCUAACGUAGUUAUUGUAGCCGAUGUUGACGGUGUUGCAGAUGAAUCUGCGGCAAUAAUCUGACUUGCUGAGGCAGUUUGGAAAGUCGUAAUAUCUUGCUGCCCGGUAGCAACUCUCGUAUAUGCAUCUAAAUGCUUUUUUUUUAAAUGUGCCUUUAGAUUGCCUGUCGUACCUUUAUAACUAUAACUGUCACCACAAACACGACAUUUGGCUUUUUUGUCCACUAAAUUUGUUUUGUCAAAAUAGUCCCAUAAAAUACUCGAAUUUAUACGAGACAUUUUUAAAAAUAGUUUUUAACACGAGUCACAAAAUGUUUCAAUAUAAGUACCUAACCUACUCUAAUUUUACACUUAAAUUUUAUUUACACCUUAAUACCUACACACAUUAAUACUCAAGUUAAGAAAUUAAACUAUUUUAAAUACUAAACUAACACAAAUUAACAGAAAAUCAAAUCGUAAGUAAGUAAUAAUGAGGAACAACAAUAAUGCGCUCACUCAAUAAUUGCUAGCACGAAACUAAAAAAUAGAAUUUUAAAAUUUCUUUGCUUUCUAGUUCAAGGCCAGAGGACAACAAGCGUCAUGCGCGAAGUUAAUAAAUCCUUGCAAAUUAUGUAAUGUAAUAUGCAUCAUUAUUACUUUAAAAGAAAGUUGAAAUUCCUUUAACAAUCUUGCCAAAAUACUAAAACAAUUCUUCAAACAGACUUAUUGCAUUUGACAUAAGGUUCAGAAUAGUACCUACGGAUUAUUAAGCUACGUUCUACGUUGGUUUUAUUAAUCACGCGCUCCCUCUCUCGGCCGGCUGCUAAGUUAUUUCGUCGGUGUAGAGACUAGAGAUCGUGUCACAUCGUGUAUACUCGGUCUUUAUUCGGUAAAUCGGUUUAAUACGAUACGUACGACAAGCUCAUACUCGCCCUCGGAUACGUUUUGGAGCAAUAUAGUGUUUCGCCCGAUAUAUAGAUUCAGAUUAAGCCGAUAUCGGAUUUUAGAUAUUGCACCAAUAUAUAGAUUCAAUAUCUAUAUACGUUUUGUAUCACCCACUCCUACUAAACAACACAAAAUAAAAUCACUUUACUCAUUUUGCAUUCGUUGUGUGUUGUGUUUUGGUUUUACAAUAAUGAUGAAACGUUAGUGUAGAACAAAGUGAAAUUAUUACUUUUUAUGGAAGCUUGGAAGUGAUUAGCGGCUAGUUGUGAUCAUAAUGUAGCGCUCAGUCAAGUUCCGUAAUCCAUUAUCCCUAAAUAAGUUAUUGAUCUUUUUUUAUUGUAUGAGACUGUAAAUAAAUAUAAACUAAGAAACAUGUCUGUGGUCAAGGGAAAACUUGUGAAAAUGGAAGUCAUCCAAGUUGGUGAAUACGAAUUCACCAAACAAGACAUUAUAGGCCAUGGAGCCUUCGCCAUGGUAUACAAAGGAAGGAAGAGAAAGAAUCCGUCACAAUCAGUCGCCGUCAAAGUGGUGACGAAGAAAGGAAUCCAGAAAGCUUCAGAGAUUUUGGUCAAAGAGAUAAAGAUUCUUCGUGAACUGACUGCCCUUCACCACACCAAUUUGGUCGCUAUGCACGACUGUAUGGACAGCCCCGCCUACGUCUAUGUCGUCAUGGAGUACUGCAACGGGGGUGACCUGGCGGACUAUUUGCAAGCGAACCGUCUGCUCAGUGAAAGCACCAUCCGGCUGUUCCUGAGGCAACUGGCCGAGGCGAUGCGAGCCAUCCACGCGAAGGGCAUCGUGCACCGGGACCUCAAGCCACAGAAUAUCCUGCUCACCCACAACGUAGCACCGCCACGCACGCCGCACGCUUCUGAAAUAACACUCAAAAUCGCUGACUUUGGCUUCGCAAGGUUCCUCGAAGAAGGAAACAUGGCCGUUACGCUUUGCGGGUCACCGAUGUAUAUGGCACCAGAAGUGAUAAUGUCACUGAAGUAUGACGCUAAGGCAGACCUGUGGAGCCUGGGCACCAUCGUGUACCAGUGCUUAACGGGCAAAGCACCCUUCCAGGCCACCACACCACACGAACUGAAGGCUUUCUACGAGAACAGCGUUGACUUGCAACCCAAGAUGCCAGCGGGCACAAGUCCUGAGCUGUGUAGCCUGCUCAUCGGGCUGCUGCGGCGGAACCCGCGCGAGCGCAUGCCCUUCGAAGCUUUCUUCAACCAUCCGUUCCUACAGCGACCGCGGACCACCUCCAUCAACAGUUUGGACUCGGAUCUGCCCGACAUAUUGGAGAGCGAUCUCGAGGGUCGGCCUGAUACUAACUGUUACCUAGAGGAGUCAUGGGAAAGCCAGGGAGCGAGUGUGAACCCUCCUUCGCUGGGUGCGGGCGGGUCGGGAGCGGGCGCCAGGCCGUCGUCUGCGCCGCGCAGCUCCAACCCGCCGCCACAACCACUGCCCACGCUACAAGCGUAUAAGAAAUCACAGCCGACAUCCUCCGCCGAGUCGUCAGACACGACCUGGGCAGGCGAGGACGACUUCGUGCUGGUGGAGGCGACGGAGAGCGGGUCGGCCGAGUACUCCGCGUCGUCGGGCUCCGAGGCGGCGCCGCGGCCGCGCUCGCUGGCGCUGGCCGCCGCGCCCCAGGCGCCGCCAGACCCGCCCGCGCCUACCGCGCCACAGCCACAACCCGCUGCCCUCAGGAACCCACUCGCCGUAACAUCUAACAAUAACGUACCGCGAUCACAACCCAUCGACGUGCUCCGAUCGAACUACAGCCGCAACGCGACCAACAUCGGCUCGCUAUCGCCUCCGACCGUGCCGUUCACGAUGACGCCGCCAUCGACCCGCCGGCGCAGCAGCAACUCGGGCAGCUCGCCGCCGCCCUCGCUGUGGCAGGUCUCCCCCACUAACGCCAGCCCGCUGCGCAGAUCUGGAUCGUCUCCGCCCGUGCCGCUGGCCCUGAAGGCGAGCGGGUCAGGAGGCGGCUCCCCCAAGCGCGGCGCCCUGCCCGACGCCCUGCUCCGCGGCAUCAAGCUGCACGCGCCCGACCCGCCCGUCUACAUACCCAACCUGCAGGAGGAGACCAUACUCGCCGAGGAGCACAGCAAAGUGUUCUCGCAGCUGAACUUCGUGCUGAUGCUGGCGGAGCUGCUGUCCGACCUCGCCGUGUCGUGCGGCGCCCCCAUCGCCGCGCUCAUGGACGCCUCCGACGAGCGUUGCAACGAGAGCGUGCGACUAGGGCUGCUGGUGCAGGCGAUGCAGGCGCUGGCGGCGGGGCUGCGCCUGGCCGCCGCGCACUACCGCUCGCGCACGCUGCAGCCCACGCCGCAAGUGCGGAACGUGGUCUCCCUAAUGAACGGAAAGUACAAGUGGAUCGUGAACGAGUCGCGGAGGCUGCACGAAGCCGGCGUCACUCCUGCCGUCUGCGACAAAAUCCUAUACGAGCAUGCCAUUGAACUGUGUCAAAUGGCAGCCAUAGAAGAGUUGUUCGGCGACAUGAAGGAGUGCGAGCGGCGCUACAUGUCGGCGCAGGUGCUGCUGCACUCGCUCGUGCAGCGCCACCCGCUGCAUCCGCAGCACCGCACCACGCUCUCCAAGUACCGAGACGCAGUUCAACGACGGCUCAACUGCCUCAAGGGGCCGCGCAAAAUAAUGGAUGUGAAACUAGAGGCCGGGAUCUCAUAAUGCAAUACGCAGUCAACCAUGUAGGAAGUAAGUGGACGUGAUGCAACAUGAAAAGUGAUUUUAUUUUGUUCUCAAAAAAAUGACUCGGUGAGAAACAAAAUACUGUAUAAUCUAAAAAUGUAUAAAAAUAUAAAGUGAAUGAUAUCAAUUGACAUUAAAAUUUAAAUCAUUGUAUACAAUCGUUUAGCGAUUAAUAAAAAUGCAAAUUACAAGAUAUUGCAAUAGCGAAUUAUAUUUUUUUAUAUUCAGCACAUUACGAGAAAGAGUUCUUAGUAGAUAUUCAUAAAAAUAUGUACCUUAUUUAGCUAAGCAAACUGUAAAGCUGACAUGUUUUACUGUACGCUAUGAAUCACUGGACUAAUUUUGCUGAGCUAAAUAAGGCACACACUUUAGUAUUAUAUAUAGAAUGCUGAACAAAAUUCAGUGCCCGCUUUAAAAUGAAUAUAAAUAUUAUAUAGUUUGAUAGAUGUGUGUCUAGAAUUCCUUUUAAAUAAAAAUGGUUGUAUCAUUUAGUGAGGUUUUGAAAUUUUAGUAUUAAGCACAUUUUCACUUAAAGUUAGCAAACUGUGAAUUUCUAAACAUAUUAUGAAUAAUAAGAAAUAAUAAAUAUACAAGUUAUUUUCUCCAGUCAUCUACAUUUUAGUGAAAUAAAUAGGCAUAAAAUACUAAAACAUAGGAUAGAAAACGUAGUAUUGUUUCAAAGUAAGUCUCAUUAACAUUUUAUUAUUACCAACUUGUAGUUAUCAUGUAAAAUGAAUGAAAAUUAUGAAGUAAAUGUCUCGGUAUAAAUAUAAUGCUAUAGAGAUCUCAUUGACGACCAAUAACAAUAUUAUGGCAUUUUUAGGCUAAGCUGUGAAAUGAUUUUAAAAGUAUUUUCCUUAAAAAGAAUGUAUGAUUGAAUGAAUUUUAGUUUAAUUUUCUGUCAUCAUACUUAUUUUGCCCACAUUGUGAUUCUUAAACAUGUAUUUUUUUCCCUCAGAAAAUGUCUACUGCUUUACUGAAAUAAGAAUAAAGACUGUUGUACUAUAAAAUUAUUUUGUUUUAAUAAAUACUUAUAACAUUACAA